AUGUCAACUAAUAAAGGUAAAACUGCUUGCAUACCAUCCACGUCAAUGUCAAGAUCAUGGAGGGAAGUUUCUAUUGAACCCUUCCGACUUGAUCUAACCUCUUACAAAUUCAAAACUGAUCUGAGAUCUCAGCUUCAUCAUCGGAUGAGAAGACGUAUGGAUGAAGAUCGAUUGAACGCUGAGGGAAGUGUGUGGGAGAAACUUCAUGCAGCAUGUGAGAUUUAUAGUGACACUAUCGAUCAGACAAUCAUGAGACCAUCGACAUCGAGUAACCCUAAUCCCAGCCAAGGUGAAACCGGAGCUGAGGGCGAUUGGGGCUCAAUGUUAGCAGCGGUAGAAAGGGAAUUUGAAAGAUCCUCGAACGGGUUAUCAGAUCAGUAUAGAUCAAUCUUAUGGCACAAUAUCAUUGGCGAAAGAUUGCUCAAUAACAACGAUGACGAUAACAGUACGAACGAUAUUGAAUCUAUUAUCAUAUCCAAGAGCUACAACAAAGCUCAGGAGCUAUGGUCCCAAUUCGACAUCAUAGGUUUGAAAAAGAAAGACAACUCGUUCUCACCAUCUUUAGCAAAGGGCAUAACGACCUUUGAAUGGUCCUUCGAGCCUGAUUCCAAAACAAUUAUGAAAAGUAAAUAUGAGAUUGACAGGACCAUAUUGAGGUUAGAGAACGAUAUCAAAGGAUUAAAAGGAUUAGGUCCAUCUUACCUCCGACCGACUCUUGAUGGAUCUGAUGAGACUAGAGAAGAUGUUUUGGCUGGAAGAGGAUAUGAGCUGGAUAAGAUGAGAAGUAGGAGAUGGUUUGUUGAUCGAUUUGAGUAUCGUUCUGGUUCUAAUGCGGUCAUAAAGGAGUAG